AGAAUGCAGCCCUUUUUUAAAACGUCGCUUGGGUCAGGGGCUAGACGCAAAUCUGAAACAGUCAUUAUUAUUGUUUGUUUUCAUUGAACUAGAACAUGUUUAGCAUUCUUAUAUGAUUUUGUAUUAAGCGCAAAGUUCAUUGUUGUUACAUGCAAUUAUUGAAACUUGUUGCAGUAUUAAAAUAAUAAAAGCUUUUAAUUAAAAGACGCACUCUUUUUUUAUGCUCGCUUUCAAACUUUAAUUGUAUUGUAUUGCAUCACAGGUUAAGUGCGUCAUAAUCAGCUGUUUUAUAGUUAUUUUUUAUAUAAGUGAAGUGCGCCAUUGUGUACGUUUUUAUAAUGUCUGAACUUACAUCGUUUAAAGAACGUAGGAGCUUCUCACAAAGAAAGAAGGAUGUUGAUCAAAUUCGUGAGCAGAAUCCAAAUAAAAUACCUGUUAUCAUCGAAAGAUAUUAUGGAGAAAAGCUUCUUCCACUUUUGAACAUGUGUAAAUUUUUAGUUCCAGAUCAUAUAACUGUGGGUGAGCUUAGCAGGAUAAUUAGGAGAAGACUUCAACUGCACCCUAAUCAGGCCUUUUUCUUACUUGUGAAUCAACGCAGCAUGGCCAGUGUUUCUAUGACUAUGGCUGAUCUUUAUGCAAAUGAAAAAGAUGAAGAUGGAUUCCUUUAUGUUGUGUUUGCCUCUCAAGAAGGAUUUGGUGCUUGAAAUAAUUUGCAAUUUUUUUUCUUGUUUUAAACAAAUUAAAUUUUAAUCUCAUUUUCAUGCAAAGUUCAUGUAUCAUUUGUGUUUUGUCCCUUUGCAUCUUAAAUAAAUUUCUAAUGAUUAAUCGAAAAAUUACUUUUUUUUUUAAUGAAUUUUUUUAUGUAAAAAUUACAAAAUAAUAUUAAUUUUAUAAUUUUUUAAGUCUUAAAGUGUAAUGCAUUCAGUAAAAAAUACCUUCAUGAAGAAAACUAUUUUAAAUGCAUAAAAUACAAUUUUGCAUUGAAUAUCAUUCUUUCAAAGUAAAGUAAUACAUGUAAAUAGAUCAGAUUUUUAAUUUGCAAUUUUACACAAAAAAUAAAUGUAUAACCAAUAUUUGCUUGUACAGAGUUGUGUAUUUUAACAUUAUUAUAUUUUGUGUUAUAAUUGCAUUUCUCUUGUUUCUAUCAAUUAUUCUAGUGUCAUGUAAUAUCUUAUGCACUUAAUAUCUACACAUUUUUUGUUUCAUUUGUGAUAGAAUUGGAGUAACAAACAUUUUUGAUAUUCAAAAAUAAUUAUUCUUUUUACUUAUAGUGAUGUAUUAUGUUAGAGUGUGAUAUUAGGUUUUUUUUACAAUUCACUUUUUAUUUACAUUAGGUUAUAUUUAUUACGUCUGUAAUUUUAGUCAAAUUUUACUUUCUGUUUUAAGUAUUUCCUCAGAGUUAUUAUGUAAGUUAUUGUACUUAUGGCCAAUUUUUUAUUAUGCCAUAAAAAGUUUCAGAAAUAAGUGAAGUGGUGUGGGGUUAACACAUAUACAAAUUUUUUUUCUUCAAUUUUAUGUGUACAAUCUUUCACCAUUGUGUGCUUUAUUUAUUAUUGAAAUAUUUUAUUGCCCCAUCAGAAAGUGUGCCUUACGUAUUUUUAUUUUUUUAUGUAAUAUUGAUAAUGUUUUCUACGAACUUUUUAAAAGUUUGUUCGUAGUUGUUUGGUUUAUGAUUUAUGUAAAAGCACAAAGCAAUAUUUCUCUUGCAAUAUGCUAAAAGCUUUCUAACAAGAUGAGUCUUUAUAUUUGAAAUACAUGUAUUUAAUCAAAUUAUUGUAAUUUUGUUAGUAAUAAAGGAAAAUGGCAACUAUAAAUUCAGUAAAUUAUUUAUAACAUUAAAUUAGAUAUCUAAUAUGCUGAUCAAGUGUAUUUGAGUGAAAUGUGUUUGGUUCAUUUUGCAUCAUAUAUGUUUAAUAAAAGUGUGUUUGAAUUUUGUUUA